UGCAUUGGGUUCGAAAUUUAUAAAGAGACGAACGGCAAGAAAACCGUUUAUUGUAUUUUUAGGAACCGUUUAACUCAUAUCUUACCGCGAUCAAAAAAAUGCGCUAUAAUUACCUUUUAGUUAUUAUAUGCGCUUCCUGCGCUUUUGCGGUUCCGGAUAGCUAUUCUGGCGAUAUCCAGAACUCGAAUUCAUUGGAUUUCGGCAACGAUAGUGGGGGCUAUGAAUAUAACUCCCCGCCAAAGAACAACUACCUUCCGCCAGCCACCCCAGCACCAGAGUACCUGCCUCCACCAAAUAAUGGAUACCAGUACAAUCCGCCGCCAAACAACAACUACCUGCCUCCUCCAAACAACAACUACCUGCCACCUCCACCUGAAUACGGACCACCUUCUGGUUACCCUGUGUAUGGUCCACCACCUCCCUUUUAUAAGCCAGCUCCUCCCAUUCCCUAUCAUUCCCACGAAUCCUUCUUGGAGAAACUUAAGUCCAAGAUCAACCUAUAUACGCUUGGAAAGAUAUUGUUAAAGCUCUUGAUAUUCAAGAAAAUAGUCAAGUUUAUCGGCUUGAUUUUUCUACUCCUGGUUUUGCCAAAGCUGAAAAAUAUUUUUAAGGAUGAUAUGAUGUCGGGAUCUGGUGAAAGCGAUGGAAUGGAAAGUAAAUUUGUAGAAACAGACAAAGAUAAACUAUCGAAACAAAUUGAAGAUCUUUACGAUUUCGUAAUAAAUUCUAUAGAAAACUUUGAAGGAAGAAGUUCAUAAGGUGAAUGCCAAAAGUAGUUAAAAAUGUAUUAUUACGAAUUGUAUUACAUGCGCAUUUGAUUAUUUAUUUGUUAAAAUUGUUCUUUUAAAUAAAAUUGUUUUAUAAAA